AUGGACGAUCCAUGGUCCGAACGAGACGAGUGCGGCGCCGAACUGACAAAAGACGCAAGGGUCUGGAAGGUAUACGUCAAAGAAGCUGACAAGUCCGACACAGAGCUCGUGGACGGCUGGAACAAGUCGCUGGACGUCAUACUAGUAUUCGCUGCGCUUUUCUCUGCUGUAUCAACUGCCUUUUUGAUCGAAAGCUCAAAAAUGCUCAAGCAGGAUCCCAACGACGUCUCCGCUGCCGCACUCGUCGUCAUAUCCCAGGCACUCGUAGCUUUCACCAGCAACUCCUCAGUAGAUCUCGUAUCCCUCGGGAUGCCGGGCCAAAGCUCCUCCUCUCCAUUUGUCCCUGCACACAACGCCGUGCUGAUCAACACCCUGUGGUACCUAUUGUUGGCCACAAGUAUCGCGACUUCGUUCUUGGCUAUGCUCGCAAAAGACUGGUGCCGUUCAUUCGAGACCGGUCGCUCGGGACAUCCCUGGGAGCAGGCUCAGCGUCGGCAGCGCAAGUGGAUGAUGAUCGAACAAUGCAAGAUGCAUGAGCUAAUUUUGGUGCUACCAUCGCUUAUACAUGUCUCUCUUUCGUUCUUUACGUUCAUCGAACUUGUGUUUUCUUAG